GAGAAUAUUAUGACAUUUGUGAAGAACGAGCUGAAGAUGUUCAAGAGGAUUCUUAGUCCAGAACUCCCAGAAGGCUUUGAGAGUCAGAAGCAGGAUAAGGAAGUGGUGGAUGCUGAAGAUGAGAAGCAGGAGAGCAGUGCCAGAGAGGGGGCUCUGAAGAUCACACUGCACGUCCUGAGGAAAAUGAACCAGAAUGAGCUUGCUGACACACUGGAGAAAAAUGAGCUUGCUGUGAUUUGCCAACGUGAACUCAAAUCUAAUCUAAAGAAGAAGUUUCAAUGUGUAUUUGAGGGGAUCGCUAAACAAGGAAACCCAACACUUCUCAAUAAGAUCUACACAGAGCUCUACAUCACAGAGGGUGGAACAGGAGAGGUCAAUAAUGAACAUGAGCUGAGACAGAUUGAGACAACAACCAGGAAACAAGCAAGACCAGAGACUGCAGUCAAAUGUAACGACAUCUUCAAACCCUUAACUGGACAAGACAAACUUAUCAGAACUGUGCUGACAAAGGGAGUCGCUGGCAUUGGAAAAACAGUCUCUGUGCAGAAGUUCAUUCUGGACUGGGCUGAAGGUAAAGCAAAUCAGGAUGUCCAAUUUGUAUUUUCAUUCCCUUUUCGGGAGCUGAAUUUGAUGAAAAAGGAAAAACACACUUUGAUUGAACUUCUCAAUCACUUCUCAAUGGAAACCAAAGAAUUAAGAAUCUCCAACUACGACAAGUACAAAUUUCUGUUCAUCUUUGAUGGUCUGGAUGAGUGCCGACUGCCCCUAGACUUCCAGAAGAACAAGAUCUGUUGUGACGUCACAAAGUCAACCUCAGUGGAUGUUCUGCUGACAAAUCUCAUCAAGGGAAAUCUGCUUCCCUCUGCUCUCCUCUGGAUAACUACCCAACCUGCAGCAGCCAAUAAGAUCCCUUCAGGGUGUGUUGACCAGGUGACAGAGGUACGAGGGUUCAAUGACCCACAGAAGGAGGAGUACUUCAGGAAGAGAUUCAGUGAUGAGGACCUGGCCAGCAGAAUCAUUUCACACAUAAAGACAUCAAGGAGCCUCCACAUCAUGUGCCACAUUCCAGUCUUCUGUUGGAUUUCUGCAAUAGUCCUUGAACACAUGCUGAAACAUAAGAGAGAAGAGAUGCCCAAGACUCUGACUGAGAUGUUCAUACACCUUGUGGUGUUUCAUACCAAACAGAAGAAUGAAAAGUAUCUUGGGAAAGAAGAGACAGGUCCACACUGGAAUAAAGAGAGCAUUCUGUCACUGGGAAAACUGGCUUUUCAACAGCUUAUGAAUGGCAAUCUGAUUUUCUAUGAAGAAGACCUGAAAGAGGCUGGAAUUGAUGUCAAUGAAGCCUCUGUGUACUCAGGAUUGUGCACACAGCUCUUUAAAGAUGAAUGUGGGCUGUACCAGGAAAAGGUGUACUGCUUCGUGCAUCUGAGCAUUCAGGAGUUUCUGGCUGCUGUAUAUGUGUUCCUCUCAUUCAUCAACAACAAUGAGAAUCUAAUGGAUGAACCUCAAUCAAAGUCAAGGAACUUUUCUUCGCUGUUCAGAGACUACAAGCCUGAAGUCACUGUCUACAAGAGUGCUGUGGAUAAAGCCUUACUAAGUGAGACAGGAAACCUGGACCUGUUCCUCCGCUUCCUUCUGGGCCUCUCACUGGAGUCCAAUCAGAAACACUUACGAGGUGUACUGACAAAGACAAGAAGCAGCUCACAGAGCCAUAAAGAAACAGUCAAGUACAUCAAGGAGAAGAUCAGGGAGAAUCCCUCUCCAGAGAGGUGCAUCAAUCUGUUCCACUGUCUGAAUGAACUGAAGGACCAUUCUCUAGUGGAGGAGAUCCAAAGCUACCUGAGCUCAGGAAGUCUCUCAGAAGCCAAACUGUCACCUGCACAGUGGUCAGCUCUGGUCUUUGUGUUGCUGACUUCUGAAAAGGAGCUGGAUGUGUUUGACCUGAAGAAAUACUCCAGAUCAGAGGAAGGUCUUCUGAGGCUGCUGCCAGUGGUCAAAGCCUCCAGAGCUGCUCUGCUGUCAGGCUGUGGAGUCACAGAGAAAGCCUGUGCUUCUCUGGUCUCAGCUCUGAAGUCAAACCCCUCACACCUGAGAGAGCUGGACCUGAGUAACAAUGACCUGAAGGAUUCAGGAGUGAAGCUGCUCUCUGCUGUCCUGGGGAAUCCCCACUGUAAACUCACACUGGACCCAAACACAGUAAACAGACUCCUCUCUCUGUCUGAGGAGAACAGAAAGGUGACAUGUAGGAGAGAGGAGCAGCUGUAUCCUGAUCACCCAGAGAGAUUUGAGGACUGGAGACAGGUGCUGUGUAGAGAGGGUCUGACUGGGUGCUGUUACUGGGAGGUAGAGUGGAGUGGGGGAGGGGCUGAUAUAGGAGUGGCAUAUAAAGGAAUCAGCAGGAGAGGAAGGCUUGAGGACUGUUGUCUUGGAUACAAUGACAAGUCCUGGAGUCUGAUCUGCUCUGACAACAGUUACAUUGCCUGUCACAAUGAUAAUCUCACUACCAUAGACGUCCCCUCCUCCAGCUCCCACAGAGUAGGAGUGUAUCUGGACUGGCCAGCCGGCACUCUGUCCUUCUACAUAGUCUCCUCUGACACACUGACCCACCUGAACACAUUCCACUCCACAUUCACUGAGCCCCUCUAUCCAGGGUUUAAUGUUUUGUAUGAUGGGGACUCAGUUUCCCUGUAAAUAAUAAUAAUAACCAUGGUAACACUGACACACACACACACACACACACUGGACACACACACA